ACCGCGGGAGCAGCUGCACCCCGGCUAAGAGAACCGAAGACCUGCUCCGUUACAGCAAAGCGACGGGGAAGCCGGAGUCAUGACCCGCGAAUUGUUUUCUGAGGUUCACCUAGAAAUCAGUGAUCCAAAGCUCAUUUCACAGGAAGAAGCCGAUAGCCCUUCAGACAGUGGACAAGGCAGCUGCGAAACAAUUGUGCCCUUGAGUGACAGAGAUUCAGAUGAAGAGAUAUUCGUGAGUAAGAAAUUAAAAAGCAGGAAGGUGCUACAAGACAGUGAGUCUGAGAGAGAGGACACAAAUGCCUCUCCAGAGAAAACUCCCUAUGACAGUGUUGAGGAGGAAAAUAAAGAGAAUUUAUAUGCCGGAAAAAAUGGAAAAGUCAGAAGGAUUUACAAAACUCUGGCAGACAGUGCUGGAAGUGACAUUGAGGAGUCUUUGUAUCAGGAAAAUCUUGAAACUCGGGUGAUGCCUUGUUUAGAGCGGAGUCUCCAAUCUGAAAACUCUGUGGACUUCACAGUUGACAGAAAGAUUUCCAAAAAACCCAAAUGUGAUAAAGAAGGAAUUGAAGGAAAAGCAAAAGUAAAAUCAAAGAGAAGACUUGAGAAAGAGGAAAGAAAGAUGGAAAAAAUCAGGCGACUAAAAAAGAAGGAAAUGAAAAAUGAGGAAGAUGAUGUGGAACAGCCAUUUAAUGACAGUGGCUGUCUUCUUGUGGAUAAAGACCUUUUUGAAACUGGGCUGGAGGAGGAGGAGGAGGAAAAUAACUCUGCAUUGGAAGAUGAAGAGUCAUUAGAAUCGAUAAGGGCAGCUGUGAAAAACAAAGUAAAAAAGCACAAGAAAAAGGAACUGUCUUUGGAGGGUGGGGUAUGUCCAUUUGAAGAAGAAACUGAGUUAUCGAAAGGCACCAUAAGGAAGGAAAGGAAGGCAGCCAGAUUAAGUAAGGAAGCAUUAAAAAAACUGCAUAGUGAAACUCAGCGCCUUAUUCGAGAGUCUGCACUUAAUCUUCCAUAUCAUAUGCCUGAGAAUAAAACCAUUCAUGAUUUCUUCAAACGUAAACCCCGACCCACUUGCCAGGGAAAUGCCAUGGCACUACUGAAGUCAUCUAAGUAUCAGUCAAGCCAUCCCAAAGAAACCACAGACACUGCAAAUACAAGUGAGAAGAAUAAUGACCACCAUAGCAAAGAUUCUGAUCAGACAACAGGUGCAGGAUAUGAAAUGGAAAUUAAUGCACUCCCUGCAGCUUUACAGGAACCCCAGAUCACUACUGGAUCAGAUGAGUCUUGCAGUAAGGAUUUGAUGGGAAGUGAAGAACAAGAAAUUCAGGAGAAACAGAAGCAGAGUGAUGAUAGACCUUCACCCGAGGACAGCUCCGUGGCACAACAGGAAUCCAGCUUCCUUGGGAAGGAGGACAAUGAGGAGUAUCAGGCCGGAGGGCUUGUGGCACCUGAACUUCAUGCUCUGGAGGGAGAAGAAGGCCUGAAGAAAACAGAAGAAGCAGAUGAGAAGGUGGAGGAGCCCGGGCAGCAAACUAAAUCAAUAAUUGUGCCACCUGAAAAAGCGAGGAGGUUCACUCUGGAUAGACUGAAGCAACUGGGGAUAGAUGUUUCCAUUAAACCUCGACUGGGUGCUGAUGAGGAUUCCUUUGUGAUACUUGAAGAACCUGAAACCAACAGAGAACUGGAAGCCUUGAAACAGCGUUUCUGGAAGCACGCUAACCCAGCGGUCAAGCCCAGGGCUGGUCAGAAGGUGAAUGUGAACAUCAUAGUGAAAGAUGUGGACACUGAUGGCAGGGAAGAGCUGAAGGCAGAUGUGGUACCUGUGACUUUGGCAGCUGAGAAGCUGGAUGGAGCAAGCCACACAAAGCCAGGUGAAAAGCUUCAGGUGCUGAAAGCCAAACUACAGGAAGCAAUGAAACUCCGUAGGCUUGAGGAACGCCAAAAGCGCCAAGCAUUAUUUAAGUUAGAUAAUGAAGAUGGAUUUGAAGAAGAGGAAGAGGAGGAAGAAAUGACGGAUGAGUCGGAGGAAGAUGGAGAAGAGGAGGAAGAGGGAGAGUUAGAGCAAGAAGAGGAGGAAGAGAGAGAUUUAGAGCAAGAAGAGGAGGAAGAAGGCAAUCAGGAGAUUGCAGAAUUCCUUCUCAGUAGUGAAGAAACGGAAACCAAAGACGAGAAAGAAAUGGAGAAAGACAACAGUGACGGCAGUAGUAACAUUGGCAAGUCAGUUGGCCUUCUCUCUGUCCCCAAACCUCUGUCAUCCGAUUCUACCUUACUUCUGUUUAAGGACAACUCUUCCAAGAUGGGUUACUUUCCUAGUGAAGAAAAAUCAGAAACAGAUGAAAUCUCAGGCAAAAGGUCUAGCAAACUGGAUGAAGAUGAUUCAUGCUCAUUGCUAACAAAGGAGAGCAGCCACAAUAGCAGCUUUGAGCUGAUUGGCUCCAUGAUUCCAUCCUAUCAGCCUUGCAAUAGACAGACAGGCCGUGGGACCAGUUUUUUCCCUACAGCAGGAGGAUUCAGAUCUCCUUCCCCUGGGCUAUUUCGAGCCAGUUUGGUCAGCUCAGCUUCUAAGAGUUCAGGAAAGCUGUCUGAGCCUUCACUUCCCAUCGAGGAUUCCCAGGAUCUGUAUAACGCCUCCCCAGAGCCUAAGACACUUUUCCUAGGAGCCGGAGACUUCCAGUUUUGUUUAGAAGAUGACACUCAGAGCCAACUGUUGGAUGCAGAUGGGUUCUUAAAUGUUAGAAAUCACAGGAAUCAGUACCAGGCUUUGCAGCCUGGCUUGCCAUUGGCCAGUAUGGAUGAGAAUGCCAUGGACGCUAACAUGGAUGAACUAUUGGAUCUGUGUACCGGAAAGUUCACAUCUCAAACUGAAAAAACUCAGCCCAGGAAGAAUGACAAGAAAGAGAACCUGGAGGAACUUCUGAAUCUUUGUUCAGGAAAAUUCACUUCUCAAGAUGCCUCUACUCUGACUCCAUCAGAGUUAAAUAAGCAGGAGAAGGAGAGCAGCUUGGGGGAUCCGAUGGAAGAAGCACUUGCUCUUUGCUCAGGUUCUUUCCCCACAGACAGGGAAGAAGAAGGUGAAGAGGAGGAAUUUGGAGACUUUCGGCUUAUCCCAAAUGAUAAUGAGUUUGAUAGUGAUGAGGAUGAACACAGUAACUCUGCUAAUGAAGAUCUGGCCCUGGAAGACCAUGAAGAUGAUGAUGAGGAAGAGGUCCUGAAGCAGUCUGAGAGGUUGAAAAGGCAAAUGAGAUUGAAGAAAUACCUGGAGGAUGAGGCAGAGGUGUCGGGGAGUGAUGUGGGAAGUGAAGAUGAGUAUGAUGGGGAAGAGCUUGACGAAUAUGAACAGGACGAAAUUGAUGAAGUACUUCCUUCUGACGAGGAGCUGCAGAAUCAAAUCAAGAAAAUACACAUGAAAACGAUGUUGGAUGAUGAUAAGCGAGAGCUACGUUUAUACCAAGAGAGGUACCUCGCUGAUGGGGAUCUGCACAGUGACGGUCCUGGCCGAAUGAGGAAAUUCCGAUGGAAAAACAUAGAUGAUGCUUCCCAGAUGGACUUGUUCCACAGAGACUCUGAUGAUGAUCAGAUCGAAGAGCAGCUUGAUGAGACAGAAGCCCUUUGGAGGAAGGAGCGAAUUGAACGAGAGCAGUGGCUUCGGGACCAGGCACAGCAGGGGAAAAUUGCAGCUGAAGAAGACGACAUUGGGGAAGACAGUCAGUUUAUGAUGCUAGCCAAGAAAGUUACAGCCAAAGCACUACAGAAAAAUGCCAGUCAUGCUGUGGUUAUUCAAGAACCAAAGUCUUUACUCAGAAAUCCUUUUGAAGCCAUCAGGCCGGAAAGUGCCCACCAGCUGAAGACAGGCUCACUGCUAAACCAGCCCAAAGCUGUGCUUCAGAAACUGGCUGCCCUCUCUGACCUGAACCCCAGUGCACCCCGAAAUUUAAGAAACUUUGUCUUCCAUACACUUUCUCCUGUUAAGACUGAGGCAGCGAAGGAAUCAUCUAAGCCUCAGGUAAGGAGAAGGGCUCCAUCUUUAAUGACAUCCCCUUCACCCAAGCGCCUCAAAACAGAUGAUAGCACUUCAGGAUUGAAGCAAAGCAUCUUCAGAUACUUGGAAAGCUAA